CAGAUGGUAUGUACCCGGUAGUGUUGAAAGCGGAGCAGCUCGGGGGUGUUUGUUGUUGUCGGGGGAAUUUUUGUCUGGUGGUAAAUUUCCUUCUCCCCGCCGCCCCCGGUGUAACGGUUAGAUAAAGGUUUCGGUUUCCCCCGCCUUUAUUGUUGUUAUUUUGGUAGUGAAGCGGUCGUUUAUUUCCUCUCCUCGUCACACCGCCAUGGCUCUGCGCGGCAGUGUCGGGGCCUCGGCGUUACCCAGCGAGCUCAUCGUGCACAUCUUCUCCUUCCUGUCGGACCGGGACAAGCUGCGGGCCUCGGCCGUGUGCACGCGCUGGAGGGAGUGUCUCUUCUACCCCGCGCUGUGGAGCGAGCUCAAACUGCGAUUCGGUAGCGGGAUCGGAACCGGACCUAGAGCGGGGCAGGGAUCGGGAUCAGGAUCAGGAUCCAGACCGGAGGAGGAGGAGGACACCCCGAGGCUCGAGUUCCUCAUGCGGCGGUUCGGCUCGUUCGUGCGCGAGCUGCACCUGGAGUUCGGCCCACUGGACGCGUGCGGAGGAGAACCGCAGAGUCACGAGCGCUGGAGAACCGCGACACUCACCUACCUGCAGCACGUGCUGUGUGUGUUCAGCAACCUGAGGAACAACAGGAACCUGCAGAAGCUCAGUGUGUAUGGAGACACCUUCGUCCUUCAGGAUGUUGUUCUGCAGGACGGCUCUUACCUCAACCAGGUGGACCGAGGAGGCAAGAAAAUCAAAGAGAUCCAGCAGCUGUUUGAGGACUUCCUGUCCAACAGUAGACAGUUGAAGUGGCUCUCGUGCUCCUUCAUGCCGGGUGUACUGACCCCACGCUCUCUGUCCUCGUUGUCUAAUCUGAGCGCUGAGACUCUGCAGCACCUGAGUCUCCUGGACCACCAGACGUCCAGCCUCUUGCCGUCCUCAGAGCUGCAGUGUCUCUCCAACCUACGCUCGCUCUCCAUCGACUACUGCGACUUCUCCUCCUCCAUGUGCCAGCUGUUAGCUGACACCAACCGAGCGCCGCUGUCACGUUUAUCUCUGCUGCUCAACGGCGCCUCCCUGGAGGCCCGCUCUCUGGACAGCACCGCGGCCGAUUCAGACCUGAAGGCCCUGACGAGGAGAAACGCGGACCUGCGAGUGUUCCUGAUGGCGCUGGACGUGUCUGACGAGGUGCUGGAGAUCGUCCUGAAGCCCAGCCUGCCUCUCGAACGGAUCCACGUGGACUGUUACGUCGCGCCGCUCAGCGACGCCGUCCUCGAACGCGUCUCGCUGCAGUACCAUAAAACGCUCACACACUUCGUCCUGACCAGAGACGACGGGCGGUUCCCCGACCUGAGCGGAAACAGAAAUGAGGAUCCGCUGGUGCUGCUGGCGUGGAGAUGUGUUCAUCUCUCUGUGCUCGUCAUCCACGGUUACACGGUGUGGUCUCACAACCUGGUGGCCAUCUCUCGGCUGCGUGGCUCCAGUCUGCGCGUGCUGGAUGUUUCGGAGGAGAGCAUCGACUUCGACCCGGACCAGGCGUUGUUCUCUAAGGGCGACCCGGUGCAGACGCUGGUGAAGGAGGUGUCUCAGGGUCUGGGCCGCGCCUGGCACCCGUCCAUCGCCACGGAGAACAGCGCCAUCGUCAACGACCCUACGCUGCACUUCCACCGCGAGAUGCAGAGCUUCAGCGAGAACGUCUAGAUUCUCUCUCUCUCUCUCUCUCUCUCUUUUCCUUUCUUUUUUUCCUAAUGUGUGUUAAUGCUACGUGUGUUGUUUUUUUCUGCUGAUCACAUGCCCACUGUGAGCUCAAGCUCAUUUACAUUCUCACACACACACACAUAUAUAUUAAUUAUAAUACACACACAUUUAUGUAGUGUGUGUGUGUGUGUGAAUGUACGAGCUACACUUCAGUGGUCUCAUACUACACCUCUUUAUUAUUUCCUGAGUCAGCUCUGUUCUUCUGUUCCUCCUCUGUGAGGCAGAAGAAGUGUCACAUUUUCUUUCUUUUUGCUUUGCUGCUUUUCCUUCUGGAUUUUCUCUGUUUCUUCUCCUCGCAGUGCGAUGUAACGCUCUGUAUUUGUACGUAACGCCAGUUACAUUUAUUUCCUUUUAUUUCCUGUGUGAAUGAAUCCUCUGUGUUGGUAUGUGUCGUGUUUAACCAGUAUUAUUAGCGCUAUAUAUUUAUAUCGCUCUAUAUAUAUCCAGCUUACGGAUAGUCGCCUAUAAGUUUAGUAGCUCGCUGAUGAGUGGACGCUGGAGAGGGGCUUUAUUAUUAUUAUUAUUAUUAUUAUUAUUAUUAUUUUUAAAAACUGCUUCGUUCCUAAAAUCUGGAUCUGGAGUUACCUCAGACUAUCAGCUCCAUCACGAUCAGGCGAGACGAGUCUUCCAGCUGAGUGCGAGAAGCUGAGAGAUGAUUGGCUGGAUCCUGGCAGCCUCCCACUUUGUUCAUCACUUCCUGUUGGCUAGAUUCCUCAGUGACGAUGAUGACGAUGAUGGUGUGUUUUUUUUUUUGUUUUUGUUUUUUUUAAGCAUACAUUUUGGCUUCACAAAGAGUCCUUUAGCACACAAUCAGGACUCUCGCUCUGUCUCAGGUAGGAGAUUGGAGAUGAUGAUGAUGAUGAUGAUGGUUUGGUUACUUUGAAGGUUUUCAGUUGUUCUGGUCAGUUUGUUUUUAAUUUGGUUCUUCUCCUGAGGUCUCAGGUCACAGGAUCUCAGGAUCUGGAUGCUUUUCCUCUUUGGGCUGAGUUGUGUGAUGUUUGCGCUCUUCCAGACCACACACGCUGUUUGCUUUUUGUUUUGUUUUUGGGAUUUAUAUUUUAUGGGGUUUUUCCUCUCUGCUGUUUUGAAGCACAUUCAGGAGAACUGGAAACAGGAAAGCCGCCUGCUCAGUGUUCAGUUCAGACCCCAGCCUUCCUAAAAGGUGCACUUUUUCAAACUCAAUUUGAGAGAAAGGUCUGGUCUGGAGUCGUGAGUGACAGCAGGACGUGUUUCAGUGCUUCCUCUUGACUUUCGCUGGUCGCGUGCUGACCUCUCCCCAUCUCGCCUUGUGUCUUUAUCCUCGGCUGAGAAGGACACGGAGCCUGAAUGAGGCUGAAUGGUGUUUUACCGUCCCGAUCGUGCUGCCAAAAAAACCUGGAGAUAACGAUAUUGUGAGCGAAAUAUCAUGAUACAUCGUAUAAUCGUAUAAUCAGCAGCACGUGCCUAGAUGCAGGAAAAACCUGUUUUUAUAUUUUGUUGUAAUCUCAAGGGUGUAGGGCAGAGUAUCAGCCAAAAUAAGGUGAAUCCCACAGUGAGCUGUGUGUGUGUGUGUGUGUGUGCGCGCGUACAUGAGAAGGAGGAACCGUUUUAAAACCCUGCAUGCUGAUUAGCGUGUUUACCUGAGAGUCAGCUUUCUAUUUUAGUAUCAUACCAAAAACCCAGAGAAGUCUUCUAUAUUUGUACAUAUUAUUUUUCCUGGAUGUUAAUUUCUGCUGGUGUGAGUCGGAGGGAGAAGAACGCUGAAGCGCUGAGGCGUCUGCGCCGUGCCUAAAUCCAGACUAGCUUUCACGCUCGUGUUUGUGAGUAAUGUGUUACUGACAUAGCGUAUUCAAAACAUCUGUGGUGUGUGUGUGUGUGUGUGUGUGUGAGAAUGUGUGAAUGGGUGUCAGAGCAGGAGGCAUGAACCACUUUUUCUCAGCGGUGAACAGGAAGUGGCCGUUCUCAGGGUGCGUGUGGGUGAAAAGCGCAGGUUCAGCUCAGGCCUCUUUAUUCAUCGCGACACGGUGAGGAUCGUUGGUGCGAAUCAUUCAUCCCGAAAAGGACAGGGCGCAGUCCUCGUGCUGAUUGGAUGAUCUGGAGUGUGUAGAUUGCAGGUCUGUGUGGUGGUGAUGUCCUGAGCAGACGGUUGAGAUUGUUGUAUAUCUGCUGGAGUGAAAUGCUGAGAGGAGAACCUGUCCUGACGUAUCGUGCUUCAGUUUAUCGCCACCUGAUGACGCAGGAAAAAGAAAAAAAGCGAGUCGCUGGAAUUUCAUUUUGUCAGCUGCCAAAGAUCUCGGAGCCACCCCGGCUCGGUCCCGGACCUCUUUCCCGCCGCUCCGGGGCUCGGGUCGAGGCGUGUUGCGGUUCCGCAGCUGUGCUGUGGCCUCGUUAUUAUUCCGGGUUACCACCAGUAUAGAUCUCUCGUAUAUAAAUGCACCUGUUUUCACUGUGAAGAGCGAAUGUACUUUAACCCGAGGUCCUUCUAUCAGACCUGCUAUAAGCUGCUAUGAGACGUGUAAGGAACAUUCCACUGGGGAGUCGAGAAAACACGGCCAAAUGUCUGCGUGAAAUACAGAUAUACCUUUCUUUUUUCUUUACUUUUUUAUUUCCUUUUUGUUUUUUUCCCUUGAUUUGGAUCUGAGGGUCAGCAGGCAGCUGAGAUUAACCUUUACAGAAAGGCUGCCUCGGUUUGGCUAGGUGCAGGACAUUUCUUUUCUUCUUAGGGCAGUUACUGGAUCUUUUUUCCCGUCAGUGGCUUGGGCGCGUAUUGACCUCGCGCCGGCCGGCGAGACGAGAAGGCUAAGGCCCGGGGAGACCGACCCCUCCGUAAAGGCUCUUGGCCGGUUUAGCGUUCCGGCCGCAUCAGAACAAACUAUGCAAGUGGAACCGUGUACGUCCCGUACGAUGCAGACGAUCCGGUGGCUCUUAACCUCUUUUCUUUCUGUCACUUAAACGGAAAGGUCACUCGCAAUUACACUUGGCCUUAUUCUUCUUCUUCUUCUUCUUCUUCUUCUUCUUCUUCUCUUUAUUAUUAUUAAUAUUAUGACUCUUAUUAUUGUUUUAAGAUCUCGAUUCUUCGGAAGCCGACUCCGUUCCGUGGGUUCAGACGUGGUCUCUGUGAGACUGGCCAGCAGGCCCCAGUUAUUAAUAUGUGGUACGAAUGUUGUGCAUUUGUUUAAAAUCAGGAUAGUCUGCAAUAACGCAGUGGCCAUCAGCGGGGCGUGUGCAGUGUGACCACCGCGCUGCGCUGCUUCUAAACGUCAUGGCGAAGUCGAAUCACACCUUACAGCGCGGAUAGGUGUCGGGCGUGUGCGGCGUUGCACUUUAUAUCGCAAUCUUCAUUACUGCCAUCUACAACAGAACACUUUUUUCUCUCUCUCAAGCGUUAAACUGAAGGGGUGGAGCUUAAGUUCGAUCUGAUCACGUACGCCGCCAUGUUACAUCACGAGCUUCUGUUUCCUUUUCCUCGGGUUCGGCUAGAGUGUAGUGCACAAUUCUAACUUUUAUGGCACACUACAGUAACAUGUUUUCUAGCAAGCCGAUAAUGACUAGCUAUGUUGACUAGCUAGAGUUAUCGGUCACGUCGUGUAGUUACAGUCUGUAGAUUACGCUAACACACUACGUCAGGUCGGACGAACACAAAGCACUCGAUCGGUAAGCUCCGCCCUCGUUGACUGAAACAUUGGCACAGUGAGGUUUUAAUCUCUCAUUUUGAACGUUGCGAUAUAACGCUAACAGCCACGCCCAGGCUCAUGGGUAUAUAUACAUAUAUAUAUAUAUAUACGUGACGUGUACCUCAAUGCCACAUCUGAUAUAAAUGUGUGCGUCCGGGUUCUGUUUAUGAACAUGGAGAACGUUUAUAAGCGUUGUUUUGUUUUUGCAAAAAAAAAACUUGAGAAUAACUGGUUGUACCAUCUCUUAAAGAA